AUGGGUGCGGAGUGGCAAGGAGAGCAAGGGGGAAUCCCAAAUUUCAAAUCUGGGAAUGGCGGAUUCCCUGGGGAUGGCAGCCUUUCUGGGGGUGGAACUGGCAAUCAGGCUGGUCUCCAGGCAUCCCAAGGGCUACCAGAAGUUAAAAAUAUUCAUGAUCUAGUAACAGGGGUUGUUGCUAUCUCUGUUCCGGAUAAGCUGGUAGAUUUUAUUUUCUUUGGUUUAGCUAUGACAUUAGUUGGACGAAUUGCUGGUUUUGGGCCUGACAUUGAUGUUGGUAAGAACAGGAAGAAUGAUAGCAGCGUGAAGCAGAAAUGGCAAACGAAAGAGAAAAGAGAAGACCCAUCAGUAGAGUGUGAUCCAGAUAAGGAAGUGAUUGAACUAGAAAAUGAGGAAAACAAGAGGUUGUCCACUUCUCUAGGGAAAGGCAAGAGAAAGUUGGAGGAAGGGGAACCCAGCAAGGAGGAGGCUACUUCGAGCAAAAAAAGCAAGAGCACCACUGAGAUGAAAGCCUAUGAUGAAAAGAAUGAUACAGAGGAAAUUGGAAAAGAGGGCAGUGAAAUGGAAAUGGACGAGUCAGAGGAUCAAUUGAAGGAGAAACAAGGAAGCAUUCAAGCAUUGGAAGCCAUUGUAAGUUCAUUGUCUGAUACUGAAUACAUUAAUGUUGGUGGAAUUAAAAGUGGUGGUGGUACUAUAGAAGAGGACACUAUGGACAGUGUAGAUGAAGAUGCUCAGCUGGUAGAUGAAGAAGAUGAAGAUCAAGAGGAUGUUGUUGCACCAGAACAGAAUGCAGAAGACAAUGAGUAUGAACCUGAUGUUGAGCCAUCACUGGAAUUUGUGGUUACGAGCAGAGAUGUGACUGGUGUGGGUGCCUCUGCUACUCUGUUGGUGUUUAACAAUGAGAAGGGCUUCACUCCCCGAAACAUCGAAUCCCUCUGCAGUAUCGGACGAUCCACCAAGAAGGGAAUUGGGUUCAAGAGUGUUUUCUUGGUCACAAACCACCCGUAUAUUUUCAGCAACGGGUAUAAAAUUCGAUUCAAUGAAAUCCCUCCAUCUGAUUCUGGGGUCAAAAUUGGGUAUAUAGUUCCAGAGUGGAUCGACAAACCAAAUAUUGAAGAUCUCAAAAGGAUAUAUAGUAGCAAUAGCCAAAGCCAGGGUGAGUUCCCUAUUACUGUUAUAGUUCUCCCUUUACGCCCAGAGAAGGUGGAAGGAGUGAAGGACCAGCUUGCUAACAUUCAUCCAGAAGUCAUUCUGUUUAUGUCCAAAAUUAAAAGACUCUCCGUUCGUGAAGAUGGCCAAAAUCAGAGUCCCCGGGUGAAUGCAGUCUCUGUGUCCCAGGAAAUAGCAUUUCAGAAUGUGAAGAAAGAGGGAAGUGAAUCAUUUAUUCUCCAUCUAUCGGCAGAGGAAAAUGGGGAACCGAAUGGAGAAUGCAGUUAUUACAUGUGGAGGCAGCGAUUUCCAGUGAUAACGAACAAUCGGGUAGAGGAGAGAAAGGACAUUGACAAUUGGGUGAUAACACUUGCUUUUCCCCGGGAAGAUCGAGUUACCAGAGGCAACAGGGUAGGUGCUGAUAUUUAUGCCUUUCUUCCCACUGAAAUAGUCACUGGAUUGCCAUUCAUAAUUCAAGCAGAUUUUUUGUUGCCGUCCUCAAGAGAAAGUAUUCUUUGGGACAACAAGUGGAAUCAAGGGAUUCUAGACUGUAUUCCCUCAGCAUUUUGUGAAGCUUUUCUCUCUCUCUUGAAGAGUGUGACAGGGGCUCCUCCUUCUGCGAGAUCAUAUUGUUUCAGGUACCUCCCCAUUAGUAUACCUUCAUAUCUGCAGCUAAGAAGAAUUCGGGAAGACAUCCAAGCCAAGCUCAAGACAGAAGAAGUCAUCUUAUGUGAACCUGGAAAUGCCUAUUGCACGCCCAUUCGAGCUCGCAAAAUACUUGCAGGAUUCAGAAAAAUAUUAGAAGCAGCAACCGGAGAAGGCCUGGAAAAGCCCAGUGCCCUGUGGUCUACUGGAGUAUUCAUAAUACACUCGUGCCUUGACAACUCCUCGAGUUCUCUGGAUUUCUUGGGAGUGGGCUCUGUGCCCGAUGACUGUGGAAUUCCAAGCUCUCUCCAACAAUUUCCUAUUUUUAAGUAUGACAAUGCCUCCUAUGGUGUAGGGUGGGCAAGUUUGUUGGAUAUGUCUUCUAAGGGAAGCAAAAUAUACUUUUCCUCGGAAGAAAGAGAUAUUGCAUGGUUGGCAAGGUGGAAUAAAGAGCUGGGAAAUGCUGCACAUUACAAAUUCAUGCCAAAUGCAACGCAGGUGGCCAUGAAGAAUUUGAGCUCUUAUGAACGGUCAAGAUUGCAGGAAUGGCUAGAUCGAUGUGCUAAGAUCACUCAAAUUUCUGUUACAAGUUUUAGUAAGCAACUUUUGGAUGAAGCUAAGGCAUCUACAAGUAAGGAAUUCCUGAUCCGUGUGGCUCACUUUUUUCAUUUUUCGUCUGUCAAUGACUAUAUGGAUUCAGCACAGAUGCUCACUUUGUGCAAAGAAUUGCCUCUAGUUAAUAGUUCGGGAUCCAUAAUAUUAGCAAGUAGUUGCAAAGCCAAACUUGUGCCUGCAUCUAUGGGCGAGUGGCACAAGCUGAUAGGAGACAAUCCAUGGGCUGCACAAGGGAUUGUUGCACUGUCACCUGCUUACAUGAAAGCAAAUGCCAAUGCCAAUGGACUAAGAGGGGAAAGGGAAGAUGAUCUUGAAUUGUUUGUGAGAAAUAAGCUUGGGGCAGUGGACAUUCCCACGCUAAAAACCCCUAAUGCUCCAUUGCCUGCACUUUCCUCUCGCAUUACAGAAGAUCAAGUUGUUCUGCUUUUAGAGUGGAUUCGCUAUUUGGCUGAGGUCUGCCGUGAGUCCCUGCCCAACAGAUUCCAGACUAUUAUCAUUGAAGGAAAAUGGUUAAGAACCUACCGAGGGUAUGAGUCUCCAAAUAAAUCUUUUGUGUUCAAUAAUGAAUGGUCUUCGGCUGGUGUAGAGUUGAGCGACCUUCCUUUUAUAGAUUGUAGUUUCUAG